CAUAUGUCAUUGAACUGUGCUUAGGCUGCCCUCAGGGACAUUGACCCUUAGGCAAAUAGAUAAUGUUUUCGAAAAAGCUUGAAUUCUGUUCAGUGCUUUAGAAUGAUGAAAACUGAGGUUGGAAAAGGUUGUGAAACCUUUUGACUCUCCACAGUGGAGUCCAUUAUUUCCUCUGGCUUCCUCAAAUUCAUGUUCACAGGGUUGUUGCCUGCAGAUUGCAAUUACCAUGUCUGACCCAGUAAUUCUUCGAAGUGUAAAGAAAUUUGGAGAGGAGAAUGAUGGUUUUGAGUCAGAUAAAUCAUAUAAUAAUGAUAAGAAAUCAAGGUUACAAGAUGAGAAGAAAGGUGAUGGCGUUCGAGUUGGCUUCUUUCAAUUGUUUCGGUUUUCUUCAUCAACUGACAUUUGGCUGAUGUUUGUGGGAAGUUUGUGUGCGUUUCUCCAUGGAAUAGCCCAGCCAGGCGUGCUGCUCAUUUUUGGCACAAUGACAGAUGUUUUUAUUGACUAUGACAUUGAGUUACAAGAACUCCAGAUUCCAGGAAAAGCAUGUGUGAAUAACACCAUCGUAUGGACUAACAGUUCCCUCAACCAGACCAUGACAAAUGGAACACGUUGUGGGUUGCUGAACAUUGAGAGCGAAAUGAUCAAAUUUGCCAGUUACUAUGCUGGAAUUGCUGUCGCAGUACUUAUCACAGGAUAUAUUCAAAUAUGCUUUUGGGUCAUUGCCGCAGCUCGUCAGAUACAGAAAAUGAGAAAAUUUUACUUUAGGAGAAUAAUGAGAAUGGAAAUAGGAUGGUUUGACUGCAAUUCAGUGGGGGAGCUGAAUACAAGAUUCUCUGAUGAUAUUAAUAAAAUCAAUGAUGCCAUAGCUGACCAAAUGGCCCUUUUCAUUCAGCGCAUGACCUCGACCAUCUGUGGGUUCCUGUUGGGAUUUUUCAGGGGUUGGAAAUUGACCUUGGUUAUUAUUUCUGUCAGCCCUCUCAUUGGGAUUGGAGCAGCCACCAUUGGUCUGAGUGUGUCCAAGUUUACGGACUAUGAACUGAAGGCCUAUGCCAAAGCAGGGGUGGUGGCUGAUGAAGUCAUUUCAUCAAUGAGAACGGUGGCUGCUUUUGGUGGUGAGAAAAAAGAGGUUGAAAGGUAUGAGAAAAAUCUUGUGUUUGCCCAGCGUUGGGGAAUUAGAAAAGGGAUAGUGAUGGGAUUCUUUACGGGAUUCGUGUGGUGUCUCAUCUUUUUGUGUUAUGCACUGGCCUUCUGGUACGGCUCCACACUUGUCCUGGAUGAAGGAGAAUAUACACCAGGAACCCUCGUCCAGAUUUUCCUCAGUGUCAUAGUAGGAGCUUUAAAUCUUGGCAAUGCCUCUCCUUGUUUGGAAGCCUUUGCAACUGGACGUGCAGCAGCCACCAGCAUUUUUGAGACAAUAGACAGGAAACCCAUCAUUGACUGCAUGUCAGAAGAUGGUUACAAGUUGGAUCGAGUCAAGGGUGAAAUUGAAUUCCAUAAUGUGACCUUCCACUAUCCUUCCAGACCAGAGGUGAAGAUUCUAAAUAACCUCAACAUGGUCAUUAAACCAGGGGAAAUGACAGCUCUGGUAGGACCCAGUGGAGCUGGAAAAAGUACAGCACUGCAGCUCAUUCAGCGAUUCUAUGAUCCCUGUGAAGGAAUGGUGACCGUGGAUGGCCAUGACAUUCGCUCUCUUAACAUUCAGUGGCUUAGAGAUCAGAUUGGGAUCGUGGAGCAAGAGCCAGUUCUGUUUUCUACCACCAUUGCAGAAAAUAUUCGCUACGGCAGAGAAGAUGCAACAAUGGAAGACAUAGUCCAAGCUGCCAAGGAGGCCAAUGCGUACAACUUCAUCAUGGACCUGCCACAGCAAUUUGACACGCUUGUUGGAGAAGGAGGAGGCCAGAUGAGUGGCGGCCAGAAACAAAGGGUAGCCAUCGCCAGAGCCCUCAUCCGAAAUCCCAAGAUUCUGCUAUUGGACAUGGCCACCUCAGCUCUGGACAAUGAGAGUGAGGCCAUGGUGCAAGAAGCGCUGAGUAAGAUUCAGCAUGGGCACACAAUUAUUUCAGUUGCUCAUCGCUUGUCUACGGUCAAAGCUGCAGAUACUAUCAUUGGUUUUGAACAUGGCGCUGCAGUGGAAAGAGGCACACAUGAAGAAUUAUUGGAAAGGAAAGGUGUUUACUUCACUCUAGUGACUUUGCAAAGUCAGGGAAAUCAAGCCCUUAAUGAAGAGGACAUAAAGGGAAAAGAUGCAACUGAAGAUGACAUGCUUGUGAGGACCUUUAGCAGAGGGAGCUACCAGAAUAGUUUGAGAGCUUCCAUCCGGCAACGCUCCAAGUCUCAGCUUUCUUACCUGGUGCACGAACCUCCAUUAGCUGUUGUAGAUCAGAAGUCUACUUAUGAAGAAGACGGAAAGGACGAGGACAUUCCUGUGCAGGAAGAAGUUGAACCUGCCCCAGUUAGGAGGAUUCUGAAAUUCAAUGCUCCAGAAUGGCCCUACAUGCUGGCAGGGUCUGUGGGCGCAGCUGUGAACGGGACAGUCACACCCUUGUAUGCCUUUUUAUUCAGCGAGAUUCUUGGGACUUUUGCACUUCCUGAUAAAGAUGAACAAAGGUCACAGAUCAAUGGUGUGUGCCUACUUUUUGUAGCAAUGGGCUGUGUAUCUCUUUUCACCCAAUUUCUACAGGGAUAUGCCUUUGCUAAAUCCGGGGAGCUCCUAACAAAAAGGCUACGUAAAUUUGGUUUCAGGGCAAUGUUGGGGCAAGACAUUGGCUGGUUUGAUGACCUCAGAAAUAGCCCUGGAGCAUUGACAACAAGACUUGCUACAGAUGCUUCCCAAGUUCAAGGGGCUGCCGGCUCUCAGAUUGGGAUGAUGGUCAAUUCCUUCACUAACGUCACUGUGGCCAUGAUCAUUGCCUUCUCCUUUAGCUGGAAGCUAAGCCUGGUCAUCUUGUGCUUCUUUCCCUUCUUGGCUUUAUCAGGAGCCACACAGACCAGGAUGUUGACAGGAUUUGCCUCUCGAGAUAAGCAGGCCCUGGAGAUGGUGGGACAGAUUACAAAUGAAGCCCUCAGUAACAUCCGCACUGUUGCUGGAAUUGGAAAGGAGCGGCGGUUCAUUGAAACACUUGAGACUGAGCUGGAGAAGCCCCUCAAGACAGCCAUUCAGAAAGCCAAUGUUUAUGGAUUCUGCUUUGCCUUUUCCCAGUGCAUUGUGUUUGUUGCGAAUUCUGCUUCCUACAGAUAUGGAGGUUACUUAAUCCCCAAUGAGGGGCUCCAUUUCAGCUACGUGUUCAGGGUGAUCUCUGCAGUUGUACUGAGUGCGACAGCUCUUGGAAGAACCUUCUCUUACACCCCAAGUUAUGCAAAAGCUAAAAUAUCAGCUGCACGCUUUUUUGAACUGCUGGACCGACAACCCCCAAUCAGUGUAUACAGUAGUGCAGGAGAAAAAUGGGACAACUUCCAGGGGAAGAUUGAUUUUGUUGAUUGUAAAUUUACAUAUCCUUCUCGACCUGACACACAAGUUCUGAAUGGUCUCUCGGUGUCGAUUAGUCCAGGGCAGACACUGGCAUUUGUUGGGAGCAGUGGAUGUGGCAAAAGCACCAGCAUUCAGCUGUUGGAACGUUUCUAUGAUCCUGAUCAAGGAAAGGUGAUGAUAGACGGGCAUGACAGCAAAAAAGUAAAUAUCCAGUUCCUCCGCUCAAACAUUGGAAUUGUUUCCCAGGAACCAGUGUUGUUUGCCUGUAGCAUAAUGGACAAUAUCAAGUAUGGAGACAACACCAAAGAAAUUCCCGUGGAAAGAGUCAUAGCAGCUGCAAAACAGGCUCAGCUGCAUGAUUUUGUCAUGUCACUCCCAGAGAAAUAUGAAACUAACGUUGGGUCCCAGGGGUCUCAACUCUCUCGAGGGGAGAAACAACGUAUUGCUAUUGCUCGGGCCAUUGUACGAGAUCCUAAAAUCUUGCUACUAGAUGAAGCCACUUCUGCCUUAGACACAGAAAGUGAAAAGACGGUGCAGGUUGCUCUAGACAAAGCCAGAGAGGGUCGGACCUGCAUUGUCAUUGCCCAUCGCUUGUCUACCAUCCAGAAUGCGGAUAUCAUUGCUGUCAUGGCACAGGGGGUGGUGAUUGAAAAGGGAACCCACGAAGAACUGAUGGCCCAAAAAGGAGCCUACUACAAACUAGUCACCACAGGAUCCCCCAUCAGUUGACCCAAUGCAAGAACCUCAGACACACGUGAUGCACCAGUUAC